AUGAAAAGAUCAAUUGGUGAAACUAUAACAUUAAAUGAAUCAGAAACUAAAAUACGAAAUUUAUUAGUUAAUUAUUGUGAUUAUUAUAAUCAAAAUGUCAAUAAUAAAGUAUCACCAUUGGAAUUAAGAAUAACUGGUGGUUGGGUUCGUGAUAAAUUAUUAGGGAAUGAAAGUCAUGAUAUCGAUAUUGCUAUUAAUCAUUUAACUGGUGAAGAAUUUGCUAAUGGUUUACAAGAAUAUUUAAAAGAAUAUCAACCUGAUUUCAUUACCAAUCAUGUACAUACAAUUAAAAUGAAUCCUGAAAAAUCAAAACAUUUAGAAACUUGUACUACAAAGUUAUAUAAUAUGGACAUUGAUUUUGUUAAUUUAAGAUCUGAAAUAUAUACUUAUGACUCAAGAGUUCCAACAAUUAAAUUUGGUACACCUGAAGAAGAUGCAAAAAGAAGAGAUGCCACAUUAAAUGCAUUAUUUUAUAAUUUAAAUGAGAAUAAAAUUGAAGAUUAUACUGGUGUAGGAUUAAAAGAUUUACAACAGGGAAUUUUAAGAACUCCAUUACCUCCAAUUAAAACUUUUUUGGAUGAUCCCUUAAGAAUUAUAAGAUUAAUACGAUUUGCAAGUAAAUUUAAUUUUAUAAUUGAAAAUGAAACAUUAAAUGCAAUGAAAGAACCACAUAAUCAAGAAGCAUUACUGACAAAAAUAUCAAAAGAAAGAAUAGAAAAUGAAUUAAGAAAAAUUUUAACUAGUAAAAAUCCAGGUUAUGGUUUACAAUUGAUAAAUUAUGCAAAUUUAGUUCAUUCAAUUUUUUAUGUACCUGAUUUAGAGAAAGAUUUUACAAAAGAAUCUUUAGAAAGUUGUUGUGCUAGAAUACCAAGGCAUUUGUUGAUCUCAAGUUUGAUUUAUCCAAAUUUCAAAAAUGUAAUUUUACAAUCUAGUAAAAAAAUGAAACAUUGGUUGAGUAAAUUAUUGAACAAUGAAGAUUGGAUGAAUGUUUUCUGGUUAUCCAUCAUAUCACAUCCUUAUUCUGUUGUAAAACCAGUAGAAUCAAAUACAAAUAAUCUAAAUGUUUUCAAUAAUUUUAUGAGAUUAGGAUUGAUGUCAAAAAAAGCAGAUAUAACAAAAGUAACAGCUAUAAAUUUAUCAGAUAGACAAGCAAUUGAUGAUUUUAUCCAAAAUGGAAACAUCAAAAGAUCUGAAUUGGGUUUAUAUUUAAGAAAAUUUUCCGAUUUUUCACCGUUAAAUUUAUUAAUUCAAUCAUUAUUAGAUUGUAUCCAUCAAGUUAACAUAGAUCAUCAUACCCAAACAUUACCAUAUCCUGAACAAACGCAAGAACUAUUUAAUGAUAAAAUGGUUAAUGAUAAAAUAAAAGAGAUAAUCAAUAACUACGAAUUAUUAUUUGAUCAAAUUGAUGAAUAUGAAUUAAAUGAUGUACAUUUAAUUAAACCAACAUUAAAUGGUACACAAUUAGUGAAGAAAUUAAAUAAGAAACCUGGUCCAUGGAUGAAGACAAUUAUAGAUGAAGUAUUAAUUUGGCAAUUAGAUAAUCCAAAUAAAUCAUCAGAUGAAUGUUUUGAAUAUAUUAAAACGAUUAUAGAAUAA